AUGGUGUCCUUAGAAACUGCAUCUAGAUCUGUUGAGCCUAAUUCGUGUCCUCGAAUUUCCUUCUCUGCAGACUUUCUUGAUGAGAAAGACUUCAUAACCAUUAGUCCAAAUUCCCAAGUAGAGAAAAAGCGCGAAAAAGAGCUUAAUGCAGCAGAGUUUGAGUUCUUAUCAAGCACAUUUACAAGUGGAAACAAUAUGACAACGGCAGAUGAGCUAAUUUUUGAAGGUAAGUUACUUCCCUAUUGGCAAAUCCACAAUGCUGAAAAACUCAACAAAAUUAGUCUCAAAACAGAACAUGUUGAGGAACAAGGGAAUGGAAAACAAGGGAAUGGUAAUCUAGAAAGUAGGCCAGUAAAUUGGUUUAUUGAUGAUGAUCCAUCUCCUAGGCCACCAACAUGCAAUGUUUUAUGGAAAGAGUUAUUGAGAUUGAAAAAACAAAAACAAAGGCCUUCCACUUUAUCACCUUCUUCUUCUUCUUCUUCAUCAUCAUCAUCAUCUUCUUCGAGCUCGAAUUCCGAUAUUUCUCCAACAGAUGAAAGCAAAGAUAAGGAGAAGAAUGUGAAGAAGAUUAAGAAAAGAUUGGAGAGAUCUAGAUCAGCAACUAUAAGAGUAAGACCUUUGAUUAAUGUGCCAUUUUGCACACAAGGAAAAAACAGUGCACUACCACCUCUUUUUCCUCUUAAGAAAGGAAGAGUAGAGAGGUGA